ACAUAGGUGCACAGUUGAUUGCGAAACGCAGCGAGUAAAGAUCUGACGCAAUGACAGGCGGUUAAAAACACACAUUUUCAUUGCUAGUACGUGAGUUUUGUAUAGUUAAGUCUAAAUGUAUUGAACAAGAUCCCUCUCUGGUGAACUGUGGUACAGUCGGCCCCAAUUUCACAAUGGCUGCUAUUAUAAACAUCAUAUGGUCGUUUUUUAUCAAACAAUCAGCACCUGUGCGAGGAAAUUUACAGAAUAAUCCGUUACCUCCACGCUGCCAUAUAGAGCUGUCUGCAGACGAUAUUGCUGGGCGGUCGGUUUUUGUAAUUGGCGACGUGCACGGCUGUUAUGAUGAGCUUCAAGAACUCAUGAGAACAGCUACAGAUGUGGCACCAAAUAUAAUGUUUAUAUUAGUUGGGGACCUUGUGAACCGCGGACCUGACAGUGUAGCUGUGGUACGUGAGGUGAGCGGACGGUCUGGACAGGUAUACGCUGUCAGAGGAAACCACGACGAGAGCGCUAUUAGACAAGCUCGACUCUACCGCGAGAAUCCAAACUAUAUCCUUCCAGAAAAGUAUUCAUGGGUGAAAGAUUUAAACGAUCAUGAUUACAAAUUUUUGAAUGAGCUUCCAUACACGAUUUCACUGCCUUCGCUAGACGCUCUUGUUGUACAUGCAGGACUCAUCCCUUGCCGUUCAUUGGAGCUUCAAAUGCUGAAUGAUCUUACUAAUAUUAGAAACAUCGUAAUAGAUGAUGAAGGAACCUUAACUGGUACUAACUCACACGCUGACGGUAUCCCUUGGAUCAAAACUUGGCGCGGUCCGGAGCACGUGUACUUUGGCCACGACGCCCGGCGGAAGUUGCAGGAGGAGCCAUUUGGUACAGGUCUUGACACCGGUUGCUGUCAUGGCGGCUCCUUAACGGGCAAGUUUAUAAAUGGACCGAACACGUUCUUGAGCGUUAAAUCUAAGCAACCUAAUCCCCAUGUCUAAAAGUUACCUAUAUUAAUAUUAUAUUCUGUCACAAUCAUGCGCAAUUUUUAUAUUUCAACAUACAUGUAUUUGUUGACAUUUCACUAUGGAACACUGUCGUGGUUUGAAAUUAUUUCAAAAUGAACGUCACUGUCGCAUUUAAUGUCUUUCACACCAAUAAUGUCAAAUAUUUUGGUACAAUGUAUGUUUUAAAGAGUGAUUUUACUCAUUCAAUAACUAUUUACACAAUGGGUAUUGUUAUAAAAAAUUGGUAUUAUUCCGCUCGAAUUGUUUUGUUAACGUUGCACCGAGUCUAUGCUCGAAAAUAAAAACAUGUGAAAAUCUAGCCCAUAUGUAUGCGAUGUAAAGCAGCUUUAAGGGACUCUGUAUAUAUCAUAUACAUGUAUAAACCAUUAAUAUAUCGUCAAAUGGAUAAACCGUA